AUGGAGGAGGCCGGACCUUCGCGAGCGCAGUGGGGGCGGCGGCGAGGGGAGGGUGACCUGAGAAACCGCACAAAGGCUCCCGCAGCCUCCCGGAAACUUCACGGGGCGCCUCUGCCCCCGCCGCCGCCCCGGAAGCGGAAACAGAAGUCCGCGCUCCCGCCCCCCUCCACUCCUCCUCCCGCCGCUGCCACGUUGCCGAAACAGAAGUCGACUCAGCUGCAGCCGCCUCCCCAGCACCACCCAGCCUCCGGGCCCUCCCCCCAUGGCCAGUGGACAGCCUGGGGACCCCAAGUCAGCUGUUCGCAGAGGUCCCCCAGGAUCAAGGGGACUGAUGAUUCCACCAUUGCGGCGUCUCCCACCUGCUCCCCGGAGCAGAGGUCCAGUGUGGUAGUCCCCCCAGGAGAAGCUUUCACGAAGAACAGACAUCCUCGAAGGCUCAAGAGCUGGUCGCUUGUCAAGAAGACCUGCCCUCUCGAGGAUGAACCCCAGGUUAUGGACGACAAAUCUAACCGCCCGGUCUGCCGACACUUUGCCAAAAAAGGGCGCUGUCGGUGUGAGGACCUCUGUGCCUUCUACCACCCAGGCGUCAACGGACCUCCUCUGUGA